AAGAAUGCGUUCCAGAAGCAGCAAUGCUGAGGGCUCAGCCCCAAAGCAAAUCCCAAGACAUAGCAAAUGCCAGGAUGGUAUCCAGGACAUGAAGCACAGAGCACCUAAAAAGGACCCCUCUAGCGAGUCAGAAGGGGCCCUUCCACAUCCCGUGUCAGAGAAGUCACGCACUGGCAAAGGCCACCAGACAGAAGACCUCUCAAGAGAUGACUUACUAUUCCUCCUCAGCAUUCUGGAAGGAGAACUGCAGGCUCGAGAUGAAGUCAUAGGCAUUUUAAGGGCUGAACAAAUAGACCUGGCUUUGCUGGAAGCUCAGUAUGGGUUUGUCACUCCAAAAAAGGUGUUGGAGGCUCUCCAGAGAGAUGCUUUUCAAGCAAAAUCUGCCCCAUGGCAGGAGGACAUCUAUGAGAAACCAAUGGAUGAGUUGGAUAAAGUUGUAGAAAAGCAUAAGGAAUCUCACAGGCGGAUCCUGGAACAACUCUUAAUGGUAGAAAAGUCCCACCGGCAAACUAUAAUGGAGAUGGAGGAAGAAAAGAGAAAACACAAGGAGUAUAUGGAGAAGAGUGAUGAAUUCAUAAACUUACUGGAACAGGAGUGUGAGAGAUCAAGGGAGUGUGCAAGCAGAGAAUUCCAACAAGGAUCCCUAAACCCACACCUACAGGCUUCAGUAGACUUCCCACCACAGCACCCUUGGGACCAGUGGAUAAGUCUAGUCAUCAAAGUGACUGCGAGAAAUUACACAUCAUAAGAACUGUCACCUCAAACACUUUCCUCCACAUAAAAGGGAAAAGGUAAGUCACAUCUAUGUCGUCUCUAGGAAGAUUCAUCUCCAGAAAUAUCUGGUAAGCUACAAUCACCACCACGGAAGGCCAGAGAAGAACGUCUAUCUGCCAAGGAAAUAGCGAAGCAGCAAGCUGUGGCUCACAGGCUGAUGGAUCUGGAAAAGGGCAUGCGCAAAGGAACAGCACACACACAAUUUCCAGCUCUCUACGUGAGCACAUAUAUACACUACAUCGCUCCUACAAACAUCUCAAGUCCCCAUGACAUUUUUAACCUAACUUAAGGCUGGACUGUAACAUCAGCCCAAGACUCUACUACAGCUCAAGAGCUUUUUGUGAGCAAAGAGGUAAUCCUUCAUUCUAUAGAACUUUACCAUAUAACCAUACUGCCUAAGAAAAUGUACUAGCCAGAGUUUCUAACUUGCUUCAU